GCCAGGGCAAGCCACCUGAACGACGUCUUCCAGAAUGUCAACAGCGAAUGUGGUGAUCGCCUCGGCGAUGACAAUCUGUGCAGCGAUUCUCCCCAAACGGCGGCGCUGAAGCAAUGCGUCGAUGAUAACGCCAAGUGGGCGGCAACAACAGCUGCCUUGCGGCUUGUGGGCUAUUUGUCCGAGGACAGGUGCGAGAAGGUAUCGGACUACUUCAAGAGUGAGCAGCUGUGGAACAAGGAUUUGCCGAACAGGUCGCAGGUCGCAGGUCUAUGUUCAGAACUGUUAGGGGGUAUAGACUCUGGCUGAGACGAUAGAGGUUUCCAACGCUACCUCUAUGGUCCACAGAGGAAAAAGGGAUUGUCGCUUUCCGAUGGGGUCAGACGAGAGAC